AUGAACUAAUACCAAAAACUACUCUAAAAUAUGUCACUUAUAACAUUGUAUCUACAAAGUCCAAAAGAAAUGAAAUAAUUCAUUGAUGUAAAAUUAAGAGGUAAACAAACUUUAAGAAAUAGAGUUCAACGCUGGAUAUAAUUCAAGCAACAACUCACCAGAUUUAACCUAUUAUUAAUAAAGUUUGUAAGAAUUUUGGUCCAACCAUCAUCAAAAUAUAGAGCUAAUUUAAAGCAAUUAGAAUCAAGAGAGACUCAAGAGUAUAGAUAUAAAUUUCUAUCAAAUUCAAAAUUUUUCAGAUUUCAAGUCUGAAUUUGAGCUUACAUUAAUGCAUUUGUAGACCUAUUAGUAAUAAUGUAUAUUAAGAGAAAAUACCUAAAAGAAUUAUAUUGAAGUUUUUUUAGAGAAGAAAAAAUUAUAAGAACAAUUAGAGUAAUAAAUUAAAUCAGAAAAGCUUUUAGUAUAAGAUAAUUAGAAUCUAUAAUAAUAAAUUAGCAAACUCAAAAGUGAAAUCUAGGAUCUUAAAAAUCAAAUCAAUAAUAAUUAACUCUUUUUUAAAGAAACUCAAGAAUUGAGGUAGAGUAAAGUAGAAAUAGUAAAAUUAUAAUAAGAGAAUUAAUCAUUAUAGAAUUAAAUUCAUAAAUUAUAUGAUGUAAAUUAUUUAGAUUAAAUUUAGCAAAUGGAACUUGAUAAAUAACAUGUUUUAUAAAAUUAAGUUAUAUAAUUGGAAUAAUAAAUGAAAAUUUAAGGAGAUUAAUUAGCUUAAGCAAAUGCUGAAAUUAAAAAAUAUACAAAUGAAAUUUAAUAAUUAUAAAUGAGAAAUUUUAAAAUAAACAACUGUAAUUUUGAAUAAUUAGGAAUAAGAUGUAUACCUAUAUUCAAUGGUGUACCCACCUAUUUUUAUAGUAUAAUGUAUUUAUUGGAAUUGAUGACUCCUUUGAAUAAAAUUUUAGUGGUUAAUGAAAAAGUAAGUCUAAUUAUAUAUCAAUUUAUAAAUUAUAUUAGAAAAGAAAAUGAUUAAAUUUAAUCUUCAACAGCAAUUUAAUUAUAAGAAUUAAUCAAAAUUUAGAAUUAAAAUGAUAAUAAAGCAAAUGAUUUUUUAUUUUAGAUUAUUGAUCAUUUAACAAAAGUAAUAAUUAAAAAUGAAUAAUAAAAAUCAUAAAUUGCAACCAUUAUUCAAACUUAAGAUUCACCAAUUUUUGAUAUGUUUUUCUUUUUAUAACGAUCAUUUCCAAUUAAUAUGGAAAGUAUAAUUUUAAAUAAAUUAAUUAGUUUUACCUAAUGAAGUGCCACUCAUUAAUAGUAUCAAAUAUGUAAGAUAUUUUGAGAAUCUAAUUACACCAUAAGGUGAAUUUUCAAAAUAUUUAAAUGAUUUGAUUAAAUUGGAAGGUCAAGAAAAUAAAAUUGAUGAAAAUGAUGCAGAUUUCAAUUUUAUUAUAUUUCCUUAAUUUUUGAUUUUCAAUACUUCUGAACUAUCAUUUUAAUAAGCAGAUAUGAAGAUAUCUUUAAAUAUUCAAAGUACAUCUUUAAAUCCAGAAUAAACAGAUUUUUAAUAUUAAUUAAUUAGUAUCAUACACUGUAAUAAUGAGGAUAAUUAAUUAAAUUAUAUGAUAACUUUAUGUAAAAAUAAAACUUGGGUAUAAAUUAAAUAGGAAAAUGUCUAUAAGGUUGAUAUUAAUACAAUAUUGACAUUCUAAUAACCCCAUAAUAACAAGGAAUUAUUAAUAUAUGAGAAGAUAAGUUUAUGA